AUGGCAACCUCAUUGAGAAAACCUGUCGUCCUCCAUAUCGGCGACCCUGUAAAAUGGAAUACAGACCUCUACGCACAGUUCUCCCAAGAUUUUACUGUCAUCCGGCCUUCGACAGAGGAGCGGAAACGAGGAGAGUUUAUGAAGGCGCUGAAGGAAAAACGAUGGGGAGAUUUCCACGCCAUAUUUAGACCGUUCUGGAACACUGGAGGCGAGAUGGGGAGAUGGGACAGUGAACUGGUGCCACUCAUUCCCAAGACUUGUAAGGUGUUUGCUUCGGCGGGCGCCGGGUAUGAUUGGGCUGAUGUUGAUAUUUUGGCUGCAAGAGGAAUUAUAUACUGCAACAGCGCCGCCGCCUCCUCCGAGUCCGUCGCCGAUUUUACACUUUUUCUCAUUCUAUCCACAUUCAGGAAUCUCAGAUGGUGCACCACCGCACCAUAUACUUCUCCAUCAUCUUUCCAAGAUUGCCACACCAACGCCGCGGUACUUUCCCAUAACCCACGCAACCAUACCCUCGGCAUAAUCGGCCUGGGAAAUGUCGGAUUCGAAAUAGCCCGUAAAGCCUACGCCGCCUUCCACAUGAAGAUCGUCUACUAUGAUGUGGUCCGCAAGGCACCCGCUCAAGAAGCCGAAAUCGCAGCUAGUUUUGCGCCCACGUUAGAGGAACUGCUUUCUCGGAGCGAUUGUGUGGUCCUGGCAACGCCCGCGAGUCCUGACGGGAAGAAAGUCAUUACGAAGGAAAGUCUCGGGAAGAUGAAGAAGGGAAGUAGGUUUGUGAAUAUCGCAAGGGGAAGCCUGGUGGAUGAGGAGGCUGUUGCUGAUGCUGUGGAGGACGGGACUCUUGUUGGUGUUGGGCUUGAUGUGCAUGAGAACGAGCCGAGAGUUAGUGAGAGGUUGAAGGGGUUGAGACAGGUUAUGCUUACAGCACACAAUGCAGGGGGAACUCUAGAUACGCAUAUCGGCUUCGAAGAGCUCUCCAUGCGGAACAUCGACGCAGUAUUGAAGGGGAAAGGCGCACUUACCCCUGUGAACAUGCAUAUGAUCGCCUCCGCAGUUCCGAAGCAGAAUCUUUAA